UUUUGGUACUUUACAGACUGAAUAAGUGGUCACGCGACAUUUGUUCACUCAGUUCACUCAAAACACAAGUUGCGGAUCUAUUGUUCCAUAAGGCGGUGCCACCAUCAUCAUGGCCACGCCCAGCCCCGCAGCUCCGAGCACGCCCAACAUGGCCAAUACGCAAGUUGAGCAUCCUCUGGCGUUAAAAGUUAUGAGGCUAACACGCCCCACUCUAGCCACGCCUAUCGUGAUUACCAAUGACCCUGAUCGCGAUAUGUUGAAAGACACCAUGAAUCAAGAUUUGGCCCAAGAUCCCAAUGCUCUCUCAGGCCUCACUUCGUUAGCUUUAGGCCAAUCUUUGGUGUUGCCUCAAAGUUUUGGGAGUAUCUACUUGGGUGAAACGUUCACGAGUUACGUGAGUUUGCGCAACGAUUCCACUGAGGCAUGUCAAAAAGUGUGGCUCAAUUGCGACCUUCAGACCUCGACACAACGGAUUCCUUUGUAUCCGGGCACCUCUGGGGAACAUCCGGCCUCGGCGGAAUCGUUUCUCUCAGGCCAAUCUUUAGAUCACGUCCUGCUUCAUGAGGUUAAAGAGUUGGGACCGCAUAUAUUGGCGUGCGAAGUGUCGUACUCUUUACCUGGUCGGGAACGACGAAGCUUCCGAAAGUUCUUCAAGUUUCAGGUCCUCAAGCCCUUAGAUGUGAAGACAAAGUUUUACAAUGCAGAGUCGGACGAGGUGUUUCUCGAAGCUCAAGUACAGAACGUCACUACUGGACCCUUGUGUCUGGAGCAAGUCCUCCUGGAUCCAUCUCCAUCGUUCAAGGUGUCUGCCAUGAACUCUCUAGAGGAGGAUAAGUCUGUAUUUGGCAAGGUUAACUUCCUACAAGCCCAAGAUUCACGGCAGUAUCUAUUCUGCCUCACCCCAAAACCUGAGGCCAAGCUCAAUCACUUGGCCAUGAAGGGCAUCACGAACAUAGGCAAGUUGGAUAUUGCUUGGCGAACGAAUAUGGGAGAUCGAGGCCGAUUACAGACCAGUCAACUCCAAAGAAUGGCUCCCAAUCAUGGAGAUGUUCGAUUUGUAAUCGACCGCAUUCAAAGCAUUGUUCUCAUUGAUCAUGCCUUCAAAAUCCACGGUCGCAUCGUCAACAAUUGUGAUAGAACGUUAGAACUGGAUUUGAAUCUGGUCAAUAUGAAGCAACCUCAAUUAGCCUGGAGUGGAAUUACGACGCGAAAGUUAGGUCUUUUGGAACCCGGUGGAAACCUCGAGAUCAGUAUUGAAAUCAUUCCCAGAGACGUGGGCUUGCAGCUCAUAUCUGGCAUUCGCAUCACGGACAGCUUAUUGAAACGCAACUAUGAAUUUGACGAUGUUUGCCAGGUUUUUGUUUGUCGCGAUGAGGAAAUGAUUUCAACACUCGGGAUUUAAUUCUGAGGGCGAGUCAAUAAGUAAUGAAUUUGUUAGGACUGUUGUGAAUUAAAUACUUGGAUGUUUAUCGACAA